AUGGCCUCGCAGGACCAGCUCGAACAGCAGAUCAUUAUACAGGCGCGUCAAAGACAACUGCUUCGGCAGCAGCAGGGACUUGCGGCUCAAGCUAUGGCACAAGAGGCACAGCGACGAGCUGGCCGCUCUCAGCCCAGAACCAUGAGGAUGUCCACUCAUUUUGACGAUCUUCCGAUCGUCGAAGCAGGUGAUGUCGAACUGCUGAUACCCGAGCCAGCCUGUACUUCACCGUUCGAUCUCGCCUGUCGAGAUGGCCCCCUAUCGACGGUGAUAGAAGGCCUCACUUACCAACCUCGCACGCCGGCCUUCCUUCACCGCGGUCUCUUGAUCGCUAUGCGGUCAGGGAACUUGGAAACAGCACAAUAUCUUCUCACACACGGCGCACCAAUCUCUCGACACACUCCAGAGCUUGUUUUGAGAUCGCCGCCUCAACGAAAGAUUGAGCUCUUUGAGCUUUUCUUGCAACACGGAUGGACGCCAAAUAGUCCAGGGCUUUAUGGAGCUGUGAUACUCCCGAGCAUUGUCGAGGACCUGCCGUUACUCUCGUGGUUUCUGGCCCAUGGCGCAAAUCCUAAUCUUGGCCCCCAACAGCUCUGGCACGACCGGCUAGGUCCAUCUGAGACUAAAACAUGCCUCGCGCUCGAGAUUGCUUCGGCGCGAGGAAGCUUCGAAGCUGUGAAGAUGUUACUGGAAGCAGGUGCUCGGAUCGAUUAUGGAACUCCUCUGCAUAGCGCGGCUGGAGUGUGCCCGAAAGGCACCAACCCUCACGCAGGCCGUGUCACGCCCAGCAAAGAAUUCGACAAUGAUAGAAUUCCUGUAAUGCGCUUGUUGGUGGAACAAGGAGCUGAUGUGAACCAGAAAGCUGAGUCACGGCAUAUUACACCGCAAUAUGCGAUUGUUCAUGCGGUGAUGGCCGGUGCCUUCGAGCGCGUCAAGUGGCUGCUUGCCCAUGGAGCCGAUGCUCAUCUGAAGGGAUCCUUUGGCAGCGCUAUUGAGUAUGCGUCCUUCUGGGGUCCAGAAAUGAGACAAGUUAUCGAAGAGGGGCUGGCUGCGAGGAAUGAAUCUACAGCGGAAUAUUAG